AUGACAUAUAUUCUCAACUACCAAGCCCUCGCUUUUGAUGUCUAUGGCACCAUUGUGGACUGGGAGGGCGGCAUGAUUACCGCCUUAGAGCCGCUCACAUCGCAGCUCAAGACUCCAGUCUCAAAGGAGGAUCUAUUUGCCAUUAUCCAUGAGUUGGAAAAGGAGCAGCAGGCCCAGACUCCCGCCAUGGCGUACCGCGAUGUCCUGGCAGCUAUUCAUCCCAAGCUUGCUCAGAGGCUAGGUCUACCCCAGCCUAGCGUCGAGGAGAGCACUGCAUUUGGCGCAUCCGUUGGAAAGUGGCCAGCUUUCCCAGAUAGCAUCGAGGCGCUCAAGACGCUGUCCAAGUACUACAAGCUGGUGGUGAUUUCCAACACGGAUCACCAAUCCUUCCAGGGCACACAGACAGGCCCGUUGCAAGGCUUCCAGUUCGAUUUGGUGAUACUGGCAGAGGACAACGGCUGCUACAAGCCUGAUCCCAGAGCUUUUGAGCAGCUGGAAAGCCAAAUCUCUUCGAAACUGGGCAUCUCCAAGGACAAGAUUAUCCAGACUGCACAGAGUCAGUUUCAUGACCACUACCCGGCCAAAACGGCUGGUCUCAAGAGUUCCUGGAUCGUGCGCCCUGGCAGCAUUAUGGGAAACAUGCCUGAGCCGAUUUACGAUUGGAAGUUUAAUACGCUGGGCGAAAUGGCGGCUGCAGUGGAGAAUGCUGGUAAACGCAAGAACUCGUAA